GCAAAAUUGAAAGCAAAAUCCCGAGCAAAAACGCAAACAAUGACCAAUUGAGAGUAAGGGGAUAAAAUGAGGAGUUUUGAGAGCACACAUAUAGUGCUCGCAAAUUUGUGAGCAAACCGUGCUCGCGAUCGUGACAAACGGUGCAGACAAAUGCAUGUGCUCGCAAGUUAGCUAGCAAAGUACCUCUGUUCGCAAAUUUCCGAGCAAAAAUAGGUGCUAGUUAAAUACUACUUAAUAACCUAAUUCUUCUCAUUUCCUCCAUUCCCACACGCCCACCCUUACAGCCGUAGUUAUAGCCCUUGCACUCCCUCUCCCUCUCUAUCUCUAAUUAACCAUCAGUUCUCCCCUCUCCCUUCCUCUACACAACUUCAAUGUCGCAGCCCUAGCUUUGCCGUCGCAUUUCAGCCGCAUGUCGCCGCAGUUCCGCCGCUGUCAUUAACGAUCACUCAAGCUGAGCGUAAAUCUGAUGAUGAUCGCCGGAGAAGCUCUGGAAUCAAACAUCACGAUGAUCGGACCGCUCGUUCUCCAAGCAAUUGCUCAUUGCAUAUCCCCUAAUCGAAUAUAUCGAAGGCGUGCAUCCGCGAUUUCACAUCAUCGCGGCUCCUUCUGCCGCUCUCAUCGGAGAUUCUCGGUAGCAAUCCACUCGAUUCCCCUCUGCUUGGCUUCGCCGAGAAAUUGAUAAAAUUUUUAUGGAAUUUCGUUUUCUGGAAUGAUUCGUCGAAUUUACUAUCACGAAAAUGGGGAAAAAUCAAGCCUACAAAGCGAUGCAAAGAUCUCGGUUUGGCUCGAGCUCCGCCGCGCCGGAUGAGGUCGAAGAUAGCAUGGUGAGACAUGUCUACAUAUUCAAUAUCUCCUCAAAUUGUGGUGUUAAAGAAGGCAGUUGGGCAGAGAUUUGCUGUAAUCCAAAUCGACUGUCAACAGUCAAUAAUUUCUUACCUUUUAGUAAUUUUGGCUAAAGAACUUUGGAGUUAUGGGAUCAGAUGCAGAAGGGUUACAAAAGAACAUGUUUGGUGUGGGAUUAUGUUAGGAUGCAAGAGCUCUGCUGAUCCACAAGGAUUUCGCUAUGUGAAGAUUUCAGUAAGAUCUUCAAGUACUAAUUGCGCGAGCAGUUGGAGAAGCAAACUGAGGUGUUGCGUGCGGAGUUGGAGAGGAAAAAUGCAAUAGCACGUGCUGAAUUAGAGAGCAAAAUGCAAGUUGCGCCCAGAUUUAGAGAAAAAAAAUAGGAGGUUGGAACUGUUGAUGAACGAACCACAGUGAAUAGGUUGACGAAAUGAUAAGUCAAAAAUAGCUCAAGUCUUUAUAAACUAAAAGUGUAUAACAAUAUUAUUAAUUUUAUAUAAUUUUUUAGUUUUAUUA